AUGGCGGAAAUAGUUGCUAGAAAGGAUAGAAUAUCAGAGUUGCCUGUACACAUAAUUCAUGACAUCUUACGUCGUAUUCGUCAGAACGGGCUUGAUGAAGAAACUCGAACUCGUGUCUUGUCUAAGAGGUGGAAUUUAAUUUGGAGAACGCGACCUGAUCUGAUCUUUCAAUCCAGCCACUAUAGUCUCUUCACAAAUUUGGAGGAUUUUGUUAAAUUCGUUGAUGAUUCCUUGCAGCCCUAUGUCAAGCAAAACUUGAGCAUUGAAAUGCUCCGCCUCACACAGCUUCAUCCUCGGGAAUUGCCUUGUCAUAGUCAUGUGGAUCGCUGGUUGGAAUUGGCAAUUAAACUCCACGUCAGAUUUCUAGAAAUUGACGCAGCUUGGUUUGGCUCAUCAUACUACAGCAUACCUGAUUCUAUUUAUGCAGCUAAGACGCUGACUGUAUUAUACCUAAGCGGGUGCAAUUUUGGAAUUGAUAAUAACUCCACCAACAAAUUGCAAGGAUUAUUUAGUACAUGUUCGUUAAUCAGGGACUUAAAAUUAAGUCGUUGCAUGGGGUUCAAGAAUUUGCAUGUUUUGGGCCUAUUAUAUCUGGAGAAUUUGGAGCUAACGAGGUGUAAAAAACUCGAGAAGGUAGAGAUCUGGGCUCCAAAUCUUAAGCAAUUCGUAUAUGCCGGUAUGCCUUUGGAAGAAUACCCGAGGACACUUGAACCAGAAUUGUUGCCAUGCACAAUUGAUAUUUUAGAUGGUCAUAAAACUUUAGAAUAUCUCCACUUGGAAGCUACCACCAUGGCGGACCAGCAGUUCGAAUAUCAGUUAUCCAUGUUUCCAGCCCUUGAAGUUUUAGAACUCACUGGAUGUUAUGUAAUGAAAAAUAUAAAAGUUGUGAGUGAAAAACUUAAGAGAUUCACAUUAUGGCAUUGGCAGGAUCUGGAGCAAGUGAACGUGCUGGCUCCGAAUCUAAUGGCAUUCUAUUUUGAGGGUUGCAAAAUGCCCUUCUCGAUCUCAACUAUGGAUCUUUCUAACCUGGAAUGUGGCAGACUUGAUUUAUCUCUGCAGCCAUCUGAUUCUUACAACUUUGGAGAUGUGGACACAAGUUGGUACAAGAAUCUUCUAUGCUUCGUUCAAAAGUUCAACUAUUCUAAUGGCCUGAAAUUAGUAUUUCAUUGUGAGGAGAGUAUUCUUAUUUAUGAAGCUCCAAGAGCAAUUCUGCUUCCACCGACUCGAAAACUGGAUCUAUACCUUGAGAGUCCUACGACGCGUCUUGAGUCAUUCGUCAAUGAUAUGAUGUUUGCUCAGCCCAAGAUAAUAUCCAUAGUGCAUGGCAUUGACAGCAAAAUUCUCCAGAUUUUACAUGAGAUGACAGCAGCAUACACGAAGAAGCAAAACAUAAGGCUUAAAGAAGUCACUAACUACAAAGGCGCAGCUGAGGAUGGCGUACAACUCGUAUCAGUCCUUCCCCUUAAAAUCUUCCUUGACCUCGGAAUAAAAGGCUGA